UGUUCCCCAGCUAUUUACUGCAGGUCUCGCCCACAACCUCUUUUUUCUCAUCAUCUCAACUUUCUCAAUUCCAUUUCUGCUUCGAUUUUCUGCAGACAUGAAGCUUUCAUCAGCUCUCCUCAGCUUCGCAGCUGUUGUAGCCGCACAUGGCGAUCGUGACCACGAUCAGGAGCCAUUGGCUGGCCCGCACGAGGGGCUGUGGUACAAUACUCUUCCUGGAGAUGGCGGUACACAGGCGGACUCCAUCUUCAGCGGCAUUUCCACCUUCGGUCGCCUUCCGUACCACCCAUGUCUAUCUAGUAAAGUCGACUUUGACAUUGCGUUCAUUGGUGCUCCCUUCGAUACUGGCACAUCGUACCGCCCAGGUGCCCGUUUCGGCCCCAGCGGUAUCAGACAAGGUUCUCGUCGCCUCAAUCUUUAUGGCGGAUAUAAUGUCCCAUUGAAAGCGAACCCCUUCAACUCGUGGGCAAAAGUCAUUGACUGUGGCGAUAUCCCGGUCACUUCGUACGACAACGCCUAUGCGCUCCAGCAAAUCGAGGAAGGCCACAACCUCCUCCUGAGCCGUGCACCGCACACUCACGCUGACAAGCCUGGCCCGUCUAAGAAAGGGACCACACUGCCUCGCUUGAUCACUCUCGGAGGUGACCACACCAUCACUCUUCCUCUCCUCCGUUCCAUCAACCGCAACUACGGUCCCGUCAGUGUUAUCCACUUUGACAGCCAUCUCGAUACCUGGAAGCCUAAAGUCUUCGGCGGCUCACCCAGCGAGCAAGCCGCCAUCAACCACGGCACUUACUUCUUUCACGCUGCCCAGGAAGGCCUCCUCGCCAACGACACUAACAUCCAUGCUGGAAUCCGCACGACGCUGUCCGGACCUUCUGACUACGAGAAUGACGGCUACUGCGGCUUCCAGAUCGUUGAGGCACGUGAGAUUGACAAGAUUGGUACUGAUGGUAUCAUCAAGAAGAUCAAAGACAGGGUCGGUACUGAGAAGCCUGUCUACCUCAGCAUUGACAUCGACACCCUUGAUCCUGCUUUCGCCCCUGCCACUGGCACUCCUGAGACUGGCGGUUGGACCACCCGCGAGCUCCGCACCAUCAUCCGCGGUCUCGAGGGCAUCAACCUGAUCGCUGCCGACAUCGUCGAGGUUGCCCCAGCUUACGACACCAACGCCGAGCUGACCACCAUGGCCGCCGCUGACACCCUUUACGAGGUCAUGACCUUGAUGGUCAAGAAGGGACCUCUGAGCGAGCUCGGCAAACAGGAGACCAUCGAGCUAUAGAGCAGUGCAAUAAGCAGUAGUCCUACUACUCGGCCACGAACAAAUUAGGGGUGUGUCGACCAACAUCAAUCGACGACUGAGGUGUGUAAGGCGUGUCUUCACAAGAUAAGAUCCAAGUCACGCAAGAUGUGGCAAUAGAAGUGUGUCGCAAGUAUGCUUGAUAGUAUAGUAUCUCGAAUUAUA